CAAUGUCUUGCGAUCCCCGUCAGGGCUCUUGAUUUCACUGGUGCGAGUCACGCCGAGACAGACGCUCUAAUUGCAAGAGCUAUUGCCACACACCUGCUUGAAACAGCAUCUUUCUGACGCACGGGGCGUGCGUCUGCUGCGCAGAUAUAAUUGCGGCCGUGUCCCCUGUGUAGGGUGCAGCGAGCCCGUUUGUCGUUCACCCCGCUCCACCUUAUUUAAUAUUAGCUUGUCCCACGUUCGCACUGGACAGCGAGACCCCCACCCAACAUGGCUCUCUCCGCUGCGCAGAAUCAAGUGGAUCUAGCCAUGAGCCACGAACCCAAGGUUGCGACUCCCAUAUUCGAGGCGAACGAGAAAGAGGCCUUAGCCCGCCACAGCGUCAGCGACAACAGCCUUGCCCAUGCUCACGGCCACGUUGAGUUUGAGGCUGACCUCGAGGGCGAGGAGCCUACCGAAGAAGAACUUUCUACUCUGCGUCGUGUUUCUGGUAAAAUCCCGUGGAUCGCCUUCACAGUCGCCUUUGUAGAGCUAUGCGAGCGCUUCGGUUACUAUGGCUGCUCAGUCGUCUACACCAACUUCAUCCAGCACCCCCUGCCUGAAGGACACCCAACCGGCAAAGAUCCCUCAUCCGAGGGACAACCUGGUGCUCUUGGUAUGGGGCAGCGAGCGUCGACUGGUAUCGUUCUCUUCAACCAGUUCUGGUCUUAUAUGACUCCCAUUGUCGGUGCUAUCAUUGCUGAUGAGUACCUGGGUCGCUUCAACACCAUUUUCAUUGCGAUCGCCUUCUCCAUUGUCGGUCACAUCUUGUUAAUCAUCUCUGCGCUGCCGACUGUGCUUGCAAGCGGCAAGGCUAUUGCGCCCUUCAUACUUGGUGUCAUCAUCCUUGGCUUCGGUACCGGAGCUUUCAAGGCCAACAUCUCGCCGCUCAUCGCUGAGCAAUAUCGCCAAAGUAAGCCCCGUGUAGUGAAGGACGAAAAGACGGGUGAGCGUGUUAUCUCGGACCCCAACAUCACACUCUCCCGCAUAUUCCUCUACUUCUACAUGUUUAUCAACAUUGGCUCUCUCACCGGGCAGAUUUCCAUGGUCUAUGUAGAGAAGUACAUUGGUUUCUGGGCUUCCUAUCUGCUGCCGACCAUCAUGUUCUGCCUGUGCCCAUUGGUCCUGUUCGCCUGCCGCAACAUGUACCACAAGGCACCUCCCACUGGAUCCUUGGUUCUUCGUUCGUGGAAGCUUCUCUCCCUUGCUCAGAAGGGCAAAUGGUCCAUCAAUCCGGUUACCACUCGCAAGAACUUGAAGUCUGAGAACUUCUGGGAAGACGUCAAGCCCAGCAAGCUUGGCGAUCGCAAACCGUCAUGGAUGCAGUUCGACGAUGCAUGGGUCGACCAAGUUGCUCGCGGUCUCCGUGCCUGCUCGUGCUUCACGUGGACUCCUCUCUACUGGGUUGCAUACAACCAGAUGAACAACAACUUGGUCUCGCAAGCCUCCACCAUGACCCUUAAUGGUGUACCCAACGACGUCAUCACCAACCUCAACCCCAUCUCCCUUGUCGUCUUCAUCCCCAUCGUCGACAACUUCCUCUACCCCUUUCUCCGUCAGAAGGGCAUCAAGUUCACGCCCAUCAAGCGCAUGGCAUUCGGCUUCAUGCUCGCGUCGCUCGCCAUGGUCGCCGCCACCGUCAUCCAGUACUACAUCUACAACUCGACUUCUUGCGGCAAGUACCUCAACGGCUGCAAGGACGCCGAGGACAACAAGAUCCGCUCGCCCCUCAACGUCUGGAUCCAGUCCGUGCCCUACGUUUUCAUCGGCUUCUCCGAGAUCUUCACCUCCAUCACGGGGCUGGAGUACGCCUUCACCAAGGCCCCGAAGAAUAUGCGCUCCGUCGUGACGUCCUACUGGCAUUUCAUGUCGGCCUUCUCGAACGCGCUCGGCCAGGCGCUCGUCGCGCUCUCCGAGGACCCCCUCCUCGUGUGGAAUUACCUGACGGCCGCGCUGCUCGCGUUUGUGGGCGGCAUUUUAUUUUGGCUGCACCAGCGGCCGACGGACAAGCUCGAGGAUGCGCUCAACAUGCUGCCUGACUCGAACUACGUGGGUAGGGACCGCAGGCACAGCGCGGAGGAGGUGGAGCGUGGACAUGCGCCGGCUGUGGCGACGGAGUCGAAGAUCUAGGCGAUGUGGCGGUUCGAGCUGUAUAGUGCAUAUCUGGAAACGAACCCGACG